AUGUUAGCCUCGAGCCUGCUGGCUAACUACUGUACUGAACUCCAUGAUGACCAAACGCAUAAAGUGGACAAAUACCUGCAGACUCUCCAGCUGUCAGAUGAGACUUUGAUGGAUGUGUCAAUAAGAUUUAGACGAGAGAUGGACAAAGGCCUGUGCAAAGACACAAACCCCUCUGCUGCUGUCAAGAUGCUGCCCACGUUUGUGCUCUCCACUCCCGAUGGAACAGAGCAAGGAGAAUUUCUGGCACUUGACCUAGGCGGAGCUAAUUUCAGAGUGCUCUUGGUCAAAGUUAUGGCUGAUGGCGAACAAAAGGUGGAGAUGGAAAAUCAGAUUUAUGACAUUCCUGAACACCUUAUGAGAGGCAGCGGGACUGAGUUAUUUGACCACAUAGCCGAUUGUCUGGCUAAUUUCCUUGAAAAGUUGGGAAUGAAGGAUAGAAAGCUUCCUCUGGGUUUCACCUUCUCUUUUCCCUGUCAGCAGACAAAGUUGGAUGAGAGUGUUUUACUGUCUUGGACCAAAGCUUUCAAGUCAAGCGGAGUAGAAGGAAAGGAUGUGGUCAGCCUUCUGAGAAAAUCAAUCAAAAAACGAGGCGACUUUGAUGUUGACAUUUUGGCUGUGAUCAAUGAUACAGUGGGAACCAUGAUGACUUGUGGCUAUGACGAUCAUCUCUGUGAAAUUGGCCUCAUUGUAGGAACGGGAACCAAUGCCUGCUACAUGGAACAGAUGAGGAACAUUGAGCUGCUGGACGUCGAUGAGGGUCGGAUGUGUGUCAACACAGAAUGGGGAGCUUUUGGAGACGAUGGUGCCCUGGAGGACCUUCGCACUGAUAUUGACCGAGAAAUUGAUGCAGGCUCUCUGAAUCCUGGCAAGCAGCUUUUUGAGAAGAUGAUCAGCGGCAUGUACAUGGGGGAGCUGGUGCGUCUCAUCCUGGUGAGAAUGACCAAAGAGAAGCUGCUGUUCCAGGCCAAGACGACAGCAGAGCUCCUAACCACUGGAAGCUUUAAAACCAGCUACAUCUAUGGCAUUGAUAAUGAGAACAAUGAGGAAGGUCUGGCGAACGCUGAAAAGGUGCUCCAGGGCCUGAACCUGGAUCCAUCGGUUGAGGACUGCAUAGCCACUCAGAGGGUGUGUCAGAUAGUAUCAACACGGGCUGCACACUUGUGCGCUGCCACUCUAGUGGCAGUGCUGCGGCAGAUUCGGGAUAACAAGGCAGCUGAGAAGCUUCGUACCACUAUUGGAGUGGACGGUUCUGUUUAUAAGAAUCAUCCAGAGUUUUCCAGGAGGCUGCAUAAGAUGGUGCGGCGACUUGUGCCGGACUGUGAUGUGCGUUUUUUGCAGUCGCAAUGUGGCAGUGGGAAGGGUGCUGCCAUGGUAACGGCAGUAGCCUACCGUCUUGCCGCUCAAAAUGUUGAGCGUCAGCGCAUCCUCGACACCAUGUGCCUGAGCCGUGAACAACUGCUGGAGGUGAAGAGGCGAAUGAGUGAGGAGAUGGUCCGAGGCUUGUCAAAGCAAACCCACGAGCAGGCGAGCGUCAAGAUGCUUCCUGCCUAUGUCAGAUCCACACCAGAUGGAACAGAGCAUGGCGACUUCUUGGCUUUGGACCUUGGGGGCUCCAGCUUUCGGGUGUUGCUGGUGCAAGUGCAAAGUGGACAGAGACACAAAGUGAAAAUGCACCAGAAGAUCUACAGUAUCCCACAGGAGACCAUGCAGGGCACAGGGGAAGAGCUUUUCGACCACAUUGUGGACUGCAUUGCUGCCUUUCUGGAGUACAUGGGAAUGAGAGGAGCAUCCUUGCCUCUGGGAUUUACAUUCUCCUUCCCCUGUCAUCAAAGCAGACUGGAUCAGGGCAUUCUUCUGAAGUGGACAAAGGGUUUUAAAGCCAGCGGUUGUGAAGGACAUGAUGUCAUUUUAUUGCUUAAAGACGCUGUUCGCCGCAGACAGGAAUUUGACUUGAACUUUGUAGCAGUAGUAAAUGACACAGUGGGAACUAUGAUGACCUGCGGCUAUGAGGACCCCAAAUGUGAGAUGGGACUCAUCGUAGGCACUGGGACCAAUGCCUGCUACAUGGAGGAAAUGAAGAACAUCGAUUUGGUGGAGGGUAAUGAAGGUCGUAUGUCUAUCAACAUGGAGUGGGGAGCAUUUGGUGACAAUGGUGAACUUGAUGACUUCUGCACCCAGUUUGACCACAUUGUUGAUGACACUUCUAACAACCCUGGGAAACAGAGGUAUGAGAAGAUGAUCAGUGGCAUGUACCUGGGGGAGAUCGUGAGGAAUGUUCUGAUUGAUUUUACGUCUAAGGGCCUGCUGUUCAGAGGCAAACUGUCUGAGCGACUGAAGACCAGGGGCAUCUUUGUGACAAAGUUCCUAUCGCAGAUUGAAAGUGACCGUCUGGCCAUGCGACAGAUCCGCUCAAUCCUGCAGCACCUGGGCCUCACCGGCUCCACAAUAGACGACAGUGUACUGGUGAAGGAGGUCUGUAGCGUGGUCGCCCGCCGUGCAGCUCAGCUCUGUGGUGCUGGUUUAGCCGCUGUGGUCGACAGGAUGCGAGAGAAUCGCAACCUCAAUCAGUUUUCCGUCACCGUGGGAGUGGAUGGCACCCUUUAUAAGACACACCCUCAUUUCUCUAGCAUCAUGCAAGAGACGUUGCAGGAUUUGGCCCCGCAGUGUCACGUGACUUUCCAAAAGUCAGAGGAUGGAAGCGGGAAGGGAGCAGCACUUAUCACCGCUGUGGCCUGUAGGAUCAAGAGCGAAGGGCAGCAUUGAGUCAUCAGAGCGGCGAUGGAAAGGUGAAAACCAGAGUUGCUAUGGAAUUAAAUCCACCGUGUGCUUAGAUCUUUAGUACUGCAAUAUUAGGUUGACCUGUACAUUUGUGAAUGUGUGUUUAGAAUAGGUGUUCAAAUUGAUAAUAUGUGCUCAUGUUGUGGAGGACAGUGGUAAAUUAACUUCAGACAUCACAGUUACAGGCUGGCCACACUGGAUGUAUAGGAGAGUGAGAAAGAGGAAGGGAGAGAGAAAGAGAGAAAACAGGAGUGCCGAGAGCUGCACAAAUAGGCCGCUGCAGCCGCGCUUGGCAGCGUGGCCAGUCUAACAUGUUAACACGAAAUUAAAAGCAACACAAAACACCCCAUACAGCAUCCAGUGUGGACUGCCUGUUAGAGGAAUAUGACUGUUACAAACUGUGGGAAUCAUUUCACACUCCCUUUUUGUUUGUUUUUUGCACCCUCAAAACAGCAGGUUUCCUUCUGCUGAUGGUUCAGUUUUUUAAUGUUCCUGUGUUGUUUUUCUGAGCAUCUACAGAAGCAAAGUUUAGAAAAGUUUAUUUAUGCUGUUUUUCCUGAUCACACCUCUCAAAGUGCCUCAUAUCAAUAAUCAAAUUACAAGCAAGACAAAAUAAUUUUUUUUUGUUGAGUUGUGGAAGCAUUCCUGUAUGCUAAAAGACGCAACCUGCAAAUACUCUGAGCAAAUGAAUGAAAGACAUCUGUAAAAGAAUAAUUUGUUCUAUGCUUUUCUUUGACAGGCUUAGUGCCCUAUUAAACCAAAAUAAAAUGGAUUUCUAACCAAA